UUCUAUAUUAAUAUCGCGCGCUUUAUUUUUGGUAAGUUCUUUCGUUGUGCUACUCUGAAUGGAAGCUCUUAAACUCGUAGUCUUGGAGUAGGAGUAUUGAAUCUUCGUUCUCGCUCUUGCACGCGAUUUUAUCAGAAACCCUAAUUUUGAUAUUGUUCCUGCAACCUCAUCGUAAUGUCGGUCAAACGAUCGCGUAUUGCAAGGUCUUCAAGCCAGGGAGAGAUCGGUUUGUUCAGUCAUGUGAGACCGAUUGAUUCUCCUAAACCUUUUUGGGGAAAGACCGCAACUCCGGUGGCCGUUGGAAGACCGACUCAGAAGUUAUCGAAUCUGAAACCAGAGCAACCUUGUCGAAGGAUUUUUACAAUUUCAUCGCCGGUUCGGGAAUCGAAAGUGGAGAACCCUGAGUUGAACUCAAUCCAUUCUAAACUCGGCGGGUUUCUUGAGGCUUGCUACCUCUGCAAGAAGAAGAUCGGCGAAAGAGAGGAAGUUUUCAUGUACAGUUACCUUCGUGCAUUUUGUAGCUGCAAUUGUCGAGAUCAACAAAUUGAGUUAGACAGAGCAAUAGAGAAACCUGUUGUAGAUUCAACAGAAACGGCAAUUUUAAGACAUUGGAUGGAGAAGCUGAAGGGUCGUUUUGGUGCUCCAAAGCCUCAAAUUGUAGAUGAUAUGGCUUCUAAGUUGCAUAUUCAACAGAAAUUUUAUCUACUAGAUGGAGCAGUGUGCAGCUGUCGGCUUUUUAUGGAUAGGAACACUUUAAUUUUCUAACCCCUGACAUAGAAAUUGAAUUUGUACAUUCCACUAAUUGUUUAAGAUUGGAAGAAUGCAUGAGAUCAUCAGAGAUGCUCAAUGCAGACCAAGAUACAGAUUUGUGGGUUAGUGGAUGCAUUUUUAUAGUUUCUAGACUUGUUUCUAAGGUUUCUGCUGAUGACAAUGCUGGAGGUGGAUCAUUAGUUCAUGUUCUAGUGGUCUUGUCCUCUGCUGAUGGCAUUGCCGAAGGUAGAGGCUCAAGUCUCUUCUGUUAUUUUGUAGCCGUUUGGGUAUGCCCAGACGUAAUACCUGUACAUCCACUUCCUUUAUUUUUAAUAUAUUCUUUGUUACCUCUA